AUGACGCGAUCAUCGCCUGAUGUAUCCACCACACGCUCCCUCAUUACUUUGACACUGCUUUUCGUGUCAAACCACGUCGCUAAGGCCGAAGACUUUGGGCAAGCCUUUAGUCACACACAGAACGGGAAGAACAAUGGAGAUGAGACCUACAUUAUCAUUUCUUUCUCGGCCUUUCUGGCCUUUUGCAUUCUCUCCGUGGUGGCCACUAUAGCCUAUUUCUCGACCCUCGAGGAUAGACUCAUGAAACGAUAUCUGCAAGAGGGGGAAGUCAUUGAAGCUGUGGUUGUUUCGGCAGAGUUUAAGAGGUUUGGCAAAGCAGCAUGGGGAUCUUCCGACAAAGAUGCAAUGGCAACGGAGUACGUUCUCUUUGUUGAGUACAAUAAACCGAUUGCCGAGGGGAGCUACAUGACAAAAGUUCGAAAGCAAAUAAAGGCCAAUGAAGACGAUGUGGUCUGGAGACGAAGGGGUUUGGUGCCCUGUUAUUCCAACACGUGUGAUCAAUGCGAAGAAUCGAUACCACUGGAUUCGCCGUUGCAGGUUCAGAGAAUGCUCCAAAUGCUCCACGAUGAUGAAGAGGCCAAGAAGAAUCCCGAUGGUAUUGGAAAGAUUGACAUGGUAGUGCUACCAAACUUUCACAAGUCCGGUGUCUCACGACGGCAGGUCGAACGUGCCAAUGGCAGUCGCCAUCGCCUCUCCACCGCGGCGCUGAUUCUCUCAGGGCUUGGUCUUUCGGCAUUUUGCAUUCGAUUGGCAGCCGAAGCUAUUUCCAUCAGUCACAUUAUCGACGAGGGCACUACUAGCACGAACACCGUCACUUUGUAUAUUGCCCUUGCUUUUGCUGGGCUGGUUUUAGUGGAAAUUGUGCUGGUCCAUUGCUGCCUGCACAAGGCAUUUGUGGAUGCCCUGGAGGAGGAGUACUUGAAGAGCGGGGACCUGAUUCCCAUUGACGAAGACGACUCUUCUCUGUCCACCGGCAGCGAUUUCUUCCUAGGCAAGGCUAUCCAAGCACACGCCGCCAGGAAUUUGGCCAUCAAUGGUAGCGGUGGAUUUUCUCCAGUGAUUCAUCCACCCAAUCAAGUUUUCCCCACAUCUCGAGUUCCCUCGACUGUCAAUAUAUAG